AUGGGUGUUACUAAGACCGUCAUCCAGGAGGGCUCUGGCCCCAUCCCCACCGCUGGCCAGACUGUGACCAUUGCUUAUACCGGCUGGUUGAAGACGAAUGGCGGUAAGGAGCUAAGUAUGUGGUUCGACAGCUCCGAGGGCCGCGGCGACUUUGUUACCAGGAUUGGCGUCGGCCAAGUCAUCAAGGGCUGGGAGGAGGGUGUUACCCAGAUGAAGGUUGGCGAAAAGGCCCUCCUUGACAUUACUAGCGACUACGGUUAUGGCGAACGUGGAUUCACCGGUCACAUUCCCCCAAUGCCGACCUCCUUUUCGAAGUCGAGCUGA